AUGCCCGUAACUAAUCGAGGUGUAACACAACUUACACCUGACACCACCACCUCAACGCCAACUCACAGUAACUACUUGAACAAGUCGUCUUCCUCCUUUCAGACUCUUCAAGCUGGCCUCGCAAUCUUUGCUGUUGCUGUCAUCGCACGCUUUUGCGUUUUGCAACUCUACCUAUGGUUGCGACAGAUGCGCGGCUCGGAUCAGCAAACCCUCCCCAUCUCAUCGUUGUCGCAUACUCGACGGCUUCAGUCGCAACCCUUUUGGGCUAUGAAUGAGAAGACUAUGACGCCGCCUGCUAACCAGGAGGAUAUGGCCCCUGAGGAUAUGUUGCAUACCCAGCAAAGAGACAAGAAACUGGUCAUCGACCCCAACUGGCAGAGUCCAGACAAUCUCAUGUCCAGACAUGUCAUGUCACGGCCACCUCCUGCACCACCUCUGACGCCGCCUGAGCUGAGCACUGCCGUCUUCACUUUUGAUGACCGCCCACGACCAGGCGAGGAUAGUUUUAUUCGUCAGCCUAACCCUGAUUACAUGUCGUCGACAGCCAACGCUGUCCUGCCUGACAACUCACCCUCAACAUCGGUCACCCGUCGGCGCUCUUACAACAAGACUCUUCCUAUCGGAGUUCCCGUGUCUCAGUCGUCCCAAGGGAUGUCGGAUGCUGCCGAUCUGACCUUUUCGCCCAGUUCCUACCCACCUGCAAGCCCGUUACUUCCACCGGCCCCACCCAACGCAGGAACCAUGGAGAUCGGCGUCCAGGGCGAGAUCAUUGGUGUUCUCGACUCCGAAGGCGCCGGGUGGACAAGACAUACGCGUGUCUAUGGCGGCGGAGUCUGCCUUGCAUGUGCGGCCUCCGGUGGCAACCACGGGGGCGGUUUCUACGGAGCAACAGUCCGGCCUGAGGAGAUGCGAUGA